AUUUGUGAGGGGCCUUCUAAGAAACGUCAACCAUGUUUGAUCUUGGAAUUUUCGCAAAAGUCGUUGGGAGCUAAUUUUCAAAGUUUUCGCGACGUGAUGGAAAAUGGCGUAUCCUCCUCGUCCCUAGAUGCAGCUUCCCCGGCCAAACACAGCAGCAGCAGCAGUUCCGGCCAACGAGGGCGCAAGAUGGCAACAGCCAAUCAGAGGCGGCUUCCUGGAUGCCGGAGAGUUGAUUGAGACGUACCUCGAAAAAAACUGGUUCAAAACAUGGAGCUCUUGGAAAAGCAGGAAGCGUCCUGCAUCGAAGCUGCCAUCGCCGAGCGCAAGAGCGCCGAUAAGGUACAGGAACUCCGUGCCAGCUGCCAUCAGCGAGACCAGCUGCCGAUUUCAGAAGGUGAUCUCCAGCAAUUCAGCACGCCAGAAGCUGAAGCGAGGUUCCAGCACAAGGCAAUGCAAUGAUGGCGCUGUUUCGAUCGGACGGGUCGGAACUGCCAUCCCGACUCUGCCCAGAGUUAAGUACCAUUCAGUUUGACUGUUUUUCUGGGCAUUUACUCGUCUUUCCGAACAGGUGCAGAGCGCUGGAACACUCGGCAGCAAUCAACGGUCGCAGAAGCAGCAGUGCAUCAUCAGAUGCAUCCGGACGCAGCAGCAGUCGCAGUACUAGACGAUGGCGAACCAGUCGCAGUCGUCACGCACAGCAGCGACAACGGACGGAGGAUGACGCGAUCGUCGUCAACAGUAGCGGUAGCAGUUUACCGAACACGGUCGAAGAAAAUAAGAAGAACAGUGAAAGAACGCGCCCAAAUCAGGUCAGAAUAGAUUUUGUGAGCCAGUGCAGAUUAUGCUCUAGUACAGCAACACAAAAACAGACAGCAUAACACAUACAACAACAAAACAGAACAUCCAGUGACUGCCUGGAGUUCAGAGUUCAAAUUAAGUAGCUUUGGCCAGCAGGAACCGUACUACUGAUCAGUUCAGAAUAUAACAGACGCAGUUUUACUAAGAUUAGUGUGUACAGUCCACUAUUUAGUC